AUGUUGGAAUUUCAGAAGCAAAUCCUCACAGAAAUUGUAUCUGAGGAUGGUCUACUUAUAUUAUCACCGGGUUUAGGCCUGUUCACGUUAUUAUCUACACUUGCACAGGUCUACGCGAAUGGUCAGCACUUGGUUAUUUUGAUUAAUACUACUAAGGAACAAGAUGAUAUAUUACAGGAACAUUUACAAGGUCAACUGAAGCGUAUUGAAUACAACGUACCAGCAGAAAGAAGAAGCAGCAUGUAUCGUCAAGGCGGUAUCUUUUCAAUAACCUCAAGAAUUUUAGCAGUAGAUAUGUUGCUGAAUAGGAUCCCUGUAGAGCUUAUCAAUGGCAUUAUUGUAUAUAAUGCGCACAGAGUCAAAUUAAAUUCAAUCGAAGAGCUUAUUUUGAGGAUAUACAGGGAAAAGAAUGAAGAGGGAUUCAUAAAGGCUUUUUCCGAUAGACCAGAUCAAUUUGUUUCAGGAUUUGCACCUUUGCAGAAUACAUUGAAAUCACUCAAUUUACGUAAAGUACAUCUUUGGCCUCGUUUUCACAUGCUUGUUUCCGACAAUUUGAGCAACACAAACAACAAUGUGAUAGAAUUACGGCAGCCUAUGACAGAGUCUAUGAAUAUCAUUCAACAAAGUCUAGUGGAAUGUAUGGAAGAAACUUUAUCUGAUUUAAGAAGGAACAAUUCUAGUUUGAUCGAUAUUGAAGAGAUCAAAGUCGAAAAUGCUUUUUUCAAGUCGUUUGAUCAAAUUGUACGUCGGCAAUUAGAUCCAAUAUGGCACAGAGUAUCUACAGCCUCAAAACAGUUGGUAGGCGACUUGAAGAUAUUAAGGCAAUUGCUGACCUAUUUGACAGCAUAUGACUGUGUCUCGUUUUACAGCUUCAUUGAAACAGUGCUUGCAGCCAAUACUCCGCAGCAAGAUGGUCGACAAGUGAUACAAUCUCAAUGGUUAUUAACAGAUGCCGGCAAUAGAGCUGUGAUGGAAGCAAGAAAAAGAGUAUACAUCAAACAAGGGGAUCCAGAAUAUGAUGAAUUACCUGAACAAUCUCAUCAACAAGAACAGCGGCCAGACGUACUUUUUCCAAAACAUAUCAAGCUUGUGUUGGAAGAACAACCAAAAUGGAAUUUGCUAAAGACAAUUUUAAAAGAAAUCGAAGACGACUCUGAGAAUUUAGAUGAUGCUCCUGUGUUGAUUAUGGUUUCUGAACGAAGAACUUGUUCUCAGUUAAAAGAGUACAUUACGUGUCAUGCGCAAGAAGCACAGAGGUUCUUCUCGUGGCGGGUCAAUAUGCAUCGAUUGCAAAUGGGAAAUAGGAAAGGUAUAACUCAACAACAGCAACAGAAUCAACAACAACAACAACAACAACAACAGCCAACAUUUCGCGGAAGACCGCCUCCUAAUAAAAGAAGAAGAGUAAGAGGAGGUUUAUCGCAAUCUCCAUCAAACCGUCAGCAACAAACAUUAGCACAAACGUUCCAACAGGACGUUUUGGAUACAGUAGCAGCGCUUGACGAAGAAAUCAAUGACGAGGAUGAGGACGACGACGAUACACUUUUUAAAGGGAUUAUUGGCCCUUUAACGGAUGCUGAAGAGAUCAAAAAUCAACAUUUAAAAUAUAGGGACACUAACAGCAGCAACAUGGAUGUUUCUGAGGAUGAUGCAAACAAAGAUACCAUUUUACCUUCUUUUGAAGAAAUACCUAGUACAUCACUUAUUACAAUCCAAUGCUAUGAAGAAGAUACCAAUGAUCAGAUAUUAGAAGAUACUCAGCCACGGUUCGUUAUUUUAUACGACCCUCACCCUACAUUCAUCCGCCAGCUGGAAGUUUAUCGUGCAGCGCAUCCCUCCGUUAAUAUACGCGUCUAUUUUAUGUUAUAUGAAAACUCGGUCGAAGAACAGAACUAUCUGAAUUUGAUUAAGAAAGAAAAAGAAUGCUUCGAAAAGCUUAUUCACGAGAAGUCUAUAAUGGCAAUACCUUUGGCAGAUAAACCCAAAGGCAACCGAGAUGAACUUAUUUUGCAGCGUAGAGUGACAGACAAUACAAGAGUAGCAGGUGGACAAUUGAAAGCCGUAUUGGAACCUCAUAUCGUUACAGUGGACAUGCGAGAGUUUCGAAGUUCACUGCCACCCAUUCUCUAUGCCGAGGGAAUACAGAUCGAGCCUUAUACUUUGCAGAUUGGUGAUUACAUUCUGAGCCCUGAUAUGUGUGUUGAAAGGAAAUCUUUAUCCGAUCUAAUUCAAUCAUUUAAUUCUGGCAGAUUGUAUACCCAAUGUGAAAGCAUGUCUCUACAUUACAAGAUACCUAUCUUGCUGAUUGAAUUUGAAGAAAAUAAGUCAUUCUCUUUACAAGCUUUAAGUGACAUAAGGGAAAACAUAAGAUUGAAUGAUCUAUCAUCCAAAUUGGUGAUUCUAACGUUAGCCUUCCCCAAAUUGAGAAUUAUCUGGUCUUCCAAUCCGCAUGAAACAGCCAAAAUUUUUAUGGAAUUGAAAAGAACAGAAGAGGAGCCUGACUCCAAAACAGCGGCUGCCAUAGGUGCCGAAGGAGUAGAGGAUGGCGAAACAAUUUACAAUAUGACAGCACAGGAAAUGCUGAGAAGCAUGCCAGGGAUCACGUCCAAGAACUAUCACGUAAUCAUGAACGAGUUUGAAGACUUGGAUGAGCUUGUAAAUGCCAAUGAAAAGCGGAUUGCUGAAUUGAUUGGUGAAGAAAAUGCACGGAAAUUGAAAAUUACACUGGCUGAGCAAAAACUAGCAAAGCUUGUAGAAUUGAAUCAAACACUUAAGCAGACAUUGGAUAUUCCUCGGGUUCCUGUAUCCGAAGCUAGUCAGUCACUCAUCGACUUUUGUCAAUCGACUGAAGAUCUUAUGAUUCCCUCUGUAUGGGGAGAGAAGCAUUCAGAUCCAUUUGCUGAACCUGUUCAUGGUUGCGGUAGUUGUCAAAUUAUGUAA